AAAAAAAAAAAAAAAAAACAUUGACCAAACUGCGCUGGUCCCACUCAGACAGUUUGGAUUUUCCCGGUUCGGGUCGGGACAAAACUAGCUGGUCCCACUUAGACACUCCCAAGAGGUAUUGUUUCUCUGACAUGACAAAUUUGAACUUAUAAUACCUGAAUGGGAACAUCACUAACAGCAUUUUAAGUAAUUUUAUUUGUCAAAACAAUGUUAAGUGCAUUUUGGAAUUUCCGUCGGAAAAGUGAUAAGCUAAUAAAGAGUAUAGACAAAGGAGAGACAUAACUUAUUAAGUUCUAAUUUAUCUUAUUAGAUUUCCACAAAGAAAUUUAAGUCGGACGGGAAGUGGUGUUUCUAGUGGCGGAAAUGUGAAUAACGCGUAAGAACCUGCCUUUGAGAGAGGAACAACAGCUGGUUGCUCUCCAUUCUUUCAUCCUAAUUGUUACAAAAUCCUAAUUUUGAUCAAUAGUAAUAUUGAAAUGGUUACAUUUGGUAAACUCUUUAUGAUAUCAAUAUAUUUGAUUUGUCGAAAAACCGACGUCGUUUUUCAGGAUCACUAACCCGACGCACCGUUUUCAUCAAACCAUAAACUGCUAGGCGUUUUUGCAUUCAACGUGUCCAUUUCCCAUUUCUCAUAAAGAAACCCUAAACUCAUACUGGUCACACGAAAGAAUCCUAUCUUUUACCCUUAUCCCUCAUCCCUCGUAUAUAUACGUUACACAAAUCAUCUGCUACAGAUAAGAAAGCAUGACCGUGAAGGCGGCCGAUGAGGUUUGAUCUUCAGUGCUAAUCAAAACUCCAUUCAGACUAGUUGUGUGACGGAAAAAAAAUGGUGGGUGGAAAGAGAAAAACAAAAACAUGUGACAAAGGGUCGCAAAGACGCUGGAUAUGCCAACUACCUAAUGUUUUGAUAAGUGACAUACUUGCUCGUGUUCCUACAAAGAUUGCUGUAAGAACAGGCGUUUUGUCCAAAACAUGGAUUAAUCACUGGAAGAAUGUUCGUGGAUUGGACUUAGAGUCCUUUGAAUUCUCUGAUAUGGAUACCUUUGUGAGUUUUGUUCGAAGUUUUUUUGAUUCACACAGGGAAUCAACGAUAGACAAAAUAAGGUUAAGUGUUCACUAUUCUGAUUGUCACUCCCUUCUCACCCAAUGGACUGAUAUUGCGAUUAGGCGUAGGAUUCAGCAUCUCGAUGUUUGUUAUUAUGGCACUUGUUGCGAUGUUACGAUGCCCGUCAGUCUAUAUACAUGCAAGACGCUGGUGCACUUACGCCUUUGUUGGGUUGUCUUGGCUAACCUGGAGGUUGUUUCCUUGCCAUGCCUAAAGACCAUGCAUUUAGAAUGCAUUAGAGAUCUCACUGAGCCAACUGUGGAGAAACUUAUCUCAGGCUCUCCAGUUCUGGAAGAUUUAAUCAUUAUCAGACGAACUAGUGGUGAAAGGUUUAUACAAGUGCGCUCUAAUACGCUAAAGAGAAUCCACAUAGAUACCUAUACAGAAGUUGAGAUUGAUGCUCCUCUACUCGAGUGUUUGAGGACUACGGUUUAUUUAGAAAAGAACUUCAUGAUCAUCAAUUUGGGUUGCUCUACCACACUAGAUAUUGAUAUGGUCUUUCCUGAUGUGACUUGCACCAAACUUUUAAUUUGUGAUACUCUCACCGAUAUUCCGAGGUUCAGAGGCCUUGUUACAAGUAGUUACAUUUUGAAGAACAUCUUUCUACACUCCGAACCAGGACCAUUGCUUCAGUUCCGUGACCUAUCCCGUUUGCAUGUUAAGUUCUCUAAAUCCGAUCUUGAAAUGUUGCCAGCCAUUCUUGAAAGCUGCCCAAAACUACAAUCUCUCAUAUUGGAGUUGAUCAAGGACCCAAGUUAUAAGAAGAACAGAGAACCAAAGCUGAUGUUUUCAACAGUGCCUCCGUGUUUGGUAUCAUCUCUCAAGGUCGUGGAACUGAAACGUUUGAUCGCAAGGUAUGAAGGAGAAGUAGAGCUAGUAAGAUACUUCCUCAAGAACUCACCAAUCCUGGAGAAACUAAGGCUUGAUACUUACUAUACCAAAAAGGGCAUGCGUGAUUUCCUUAAAGAAGUCGUUGCAUUGCCAAGAUGUUCCAGCGCUUGUGAAGUCACUGUUCUCUAAAAAAGACAUUUUCAUUUGAGGUAAAUUUGGAUGUUAAAAAAUGGUUGGUUUGAGUAACAUUUCUCAUGUAUUAAUGACCGAUUUAAAACUUUAUUUUGAAUUUUAUAAACAUUUCCGCAUAUUAUUAUAGCGUUACUUGGAUACUUAUAUCAAUAUGUUCUUUUGCUUGCUCUUUGCGUGUUUAAGUGUGUCAAGUUCCAGGACGCUGUUGCGGUAGACAUGAAAAAAUUAGUUAUGCUACGUAUGGCCUGACUGGUUCAAACACAGCGGUUGCGGUUGCGACUGCGGGCGUUUGUGGAUGCGGGUGAUUGCGGUUUCUAGCGGUUUUAAGAGAUUUGUAUGACUGGUUCUGCGGUUAGAAAUUGUUGCGUUUGCGGGAUACUUAUGACUGGUUAACUACCAAAUACAG